AUGAUCACCUCCACGUUGAGUCUUUUAGCACUUUCUGCAAUUGCAUCCGCGCAUAGCGAUCAUCGGCAAAAGGCCAUCGCUGGUCCGCAUCAAAGUCUGUGGUACAAUACUAUUCCAGGUGAUGGUGGUACUCAGGCAGACUCCGUCUUCUCCGGCAUCUCCACUUUCGGUCGUCUGCCUUACUUUCCUUGUCUCUCCAGUGAGGCAGAGAAAUACGAUAUCGCAUUUAUCGGUGAGUUUGGAUCUGUCACACUGGCAACCUUUGAGGAGUGCUCACAGCCCCAGGCGCUCCCUUCGAUACUGGCACCUCAUACAGACCUGGUGCAAGAUUCGGCCCGAGUGGCAUCAGACAAGGUUCCCGCCGUCUUAAUCUCUAGCUCACGCAAAUUGGGAUUUAGCGGUGGCUAUAAUGUGCCAUUGGAAGCGAACCCUUUCGUUAGUGAGCUGAAGGUUUUGGAUUGUGGUGAUAUUCCUGUGACAUCGUACGACAAUGCUUGGGCCAUUCAGCAGAUCGAAGAAGGACACAACAGCUUGCUCAUGCGCAAGCCUUUCACCGAUGCGGAUGCUGAAGGAUUGUCCAGGGCCGGAAAGACUUUGCCACGGAUCAUCACCCUGGGUGGUGAUCAUACCAUCACACUGCCAUUGCUGCGUAGUAUCAAUAAGGCUUACGGGCCCGUGACUGUGAUUCAUUUUGACAGCCAUCUGGACACAUGGAAGCCCAAGGUCUUUGGGGGUUCGCCUAGUCAGGUUGCUGCUAUCAAUCACGGAACCUACUUCUACCAUGCUGCCAUGGAAGGUCUCCUGAAGAACGACACCAACAUCCAUGCUGGCAUCCGGACGACCCUUUCUGGGCCGUCUGACUAUGAGAACGACGGGUAUUGCGGCUUCGAGAUCGUUGAGGCGCGUGAAAUUGACACCAUCGGGACCGAAGGCAUCAUCAAGAAGAUCAGAGACCGAGUUGGCACCGAGAACCCCGUCUAUCUUUCCAUAGAUAUCGAUACUCUUGACCCUGCUUUUGCACCUGCAACCGGAACCCCGGAGACUGGAGGUUGGUCGACCCGUGAACUGCGCACUAUCAUCCGUGGCCUUGACGGCCUCAACUUCAUCGGUGCGGAUAUCGUCGAGGUUGCUCCAGCUUAUGAUACAAACGCAGAGCUUUCUACCAUGGCCGCUGCGGAUGUGCUUUACGAGGUUCUUACCAUCAUGGUCAAGAAGGGACCAUUGUCUAUUUCCAAGGGACAUGAGUUGCUCGGCGAACCCAGUCGGCGCGGGGUGCUUUCUCGUGGGGAUGAUUUCGAGCUGUUCUCGCCAAAAGAUGGAGACGAUGGAUCUUCUGAGCGCUACGAAAUCAUUGGCCGGAUUGUUGGAAUGGGGGAUGGCUCCGCGUCAGUCUUUUAUACUGCUCUCACUGGACUGGGCUGA